UUUCAGUUGUAAGGCGCCGAAGGCGCUGCUCUCGAGGUCAUAAUACACUCUAUCACUUUGUAUUUUAUUCUACAGUUCGUAGUUCGGUCUUUCUUUUUUGCACACUUGUGGUUAAAUUACUUAGAGUUAUAAGUUUUUUUUGGCAGUAAAUGUAUUUCGAAAUACCGUGAAGAACUGAGGAGAAGAACUUGGUUGGUGACGGGACGCGGAAGGAUUGUAAUUGUGUCAAAAUAAUAAAUCUAAAUUAUUCCUUUAUUCCUUAAUAGUUGAGUUAAUGUUCUUAAUUUAAAUUUAUUCGAGACGUGUCAAAAAAAUGUCGCGACUUGAGGUGCGUACAUACUAGAGUCGAGAGAGUCACCCGCGGGCCACGUCAGACUCACUCAGUCAGUGUCAUUUGAAUAAUUUAGGUGCAAGUAUGGAGAGAAUGUAUGAAGCUGACAUUAAGUCCUUGCAAGAGGAAAUUGGUGCCUUGCAACAUCAGCUGGAAAACAAUGAAAACAUGGUCACUGUAUCCCAUGAAGGACCUAUGGAGGUGGUUUUAUCUUCUUUGAGAGGAAAGCCGGGAACAGAAUUCGGUAAAAAGGACAUGGUUGAAAACCUUGUGCUGGAGCUCGAGAGACUGGAGGGACAUCUCUCCCAACAAGAGAGGAUUAAUCGAAUAGUUUUGACAGAUUGCAGAGUGAAGACACUAGAAAGAAAUAAAAGCAAAUUUGUACAGCAGCACAGACUUUCUGGCUACUGCUGUCACCUGGCUUUUCAAGUAGAAUUUGAGUUGACAGAAUUUCAGGAUCCCACGGCCUCCAAUAGUGUUACUAGCCUGAAUGUUGUUGUUGAUGGCCCAGAGUUAAGGGAAAUAAGUACAUUUGUGUCAAGAGUGGAGGAUGAUAAGAGCCUUCUGCUGUUCUUUCGAACCUUUCGAGAAUUCUCAGAGAGAUGUGAACACAGAAAUAGGACAUUUAUGUACUUCAAGGACAAGUACCCCAAUGUGGUUUGCCUCCCUGAAGGCUGCAGGGCCGACGCCAUGACAAUCCGGAGCCCCAAACUUCCCGGGUGUACAAUGAAUGUUGUCUGGAGCAUCGAUGUGUCAAAGGAAGGUCUUGUCACACCCAGGCUGGAGCUACUGGCCAAAAUGCCAGAGCAAGCCCUCAGUCUGGACCGAAAGAACGUGAUAAAGAAUGCGCCCGACUUCUUCCAGAGUCUUCUGCGUGUUGUGGGUGUGGAAGCCUCCAUUGACAGCCUGAUUAAAGCAGUCUCCAUGGAAUAGUGCCUCCUUGUGGCAACGUGCAGGACAGUGAUGUAGAGUUGACUGAGACAGGAGGCUCAUCGCUUCCUUCAACACUUUAUUUCCAGUAGAAACCUUUGUACACAUUCUUUCAGCCCAUAAGUAUGUAUUUGUAAGUAGCCAAGACCAAAAAAAUAAAUUAUUUAAAUACAAAAUACCAUGAAAUACAGUAUGAACAUAGCUAGCCUGCAGACUAUUACUUUAGUGUCACAGUGCAAAGUGAGGUUUACUAAUUCAUUUGUACAUUAGUGUUAGGCAUUCCUGUGUGAUAGUUUUUCAUUCAUUCACAUUGUCAUAAAAAUAUAGUAACUUGCAAUAUAUUUAUGUACAGUAUUUGCCUACAGUGCUGCUUUGCUAUUUCACUAGAGCCACCCAUCCCUCAGGAUACCAGAUUCACUUUUAAACAGGGAUACAAACAAUUGAAAAAGCAUCAUUGUCUGCAGAAUACCAAAGUCAAAUUAAUCAUCUGAGACAUCCUUUGGUGUGAUUUUUUUCUUUUUUUUUUACUAAUAUCCUUUUACUGUGUUACUCUGUGGUAUUAUAUAUGGACCUGCAACAUUUCUGUGAACAUUAAAAUGAUGUAAAUGUA